CUCGUCUCGAUAGUGAUGACACACAUCAGCAGCACCAGCUUCUUCCAGAAGUUUCCUCGCACGGUUUACAGCUCGGCGGCAACACACGGACGGUCCUUCGUGAACACGUUGUUUUAAGCAGCGUGGUUUAAAUUAAGUGACAUCUCUUCUCCUCGUGUCAGUGAAGAGCAGAAACUUGUCCACGGACUGUGGCAAGUGAGCUAACCUUGACAGUUAGCUAACGUUAUCCAGCUAUUGUCCGCAGCAGUGACAUCUGCGGCGGCGGCGGCGAAGCCCGUUAACUAUUAGCCGUACACGGGACAUGCUGUGUGUGCUGUAGGCACUGAACAGAAGCUGAAGCAUCUACGCUGACAAUGUCUUUAUGAAGUGGAAGAAGACGUGACCGGUCAUUGUAAUGGGUAAAGAUUACUACAAAGUGCUCGGAAUAGCCAAAGGUGCCUCCGAAGAUGAGAUAAAAAAGGCGUACAGAAAACAGGCCCUGCGCUAUCAUCCUGACAAAAACAAGUCUCCCGGAGCAGAAGAUAAAUUCAAGGAGAUUGCUGAAGCCUACGAUGUCCUGAGUGAUGCCAAGAAGAAGGACAUUUAUGAUCGCUUUGGAGAAGAAGGAUUAAAGGGUUCAGCUGGUGGUGGAGGUGGCGGGCACAGCGGUUCAACAUACAACUACACCUUCCACGGAGACCCUCACGCAAUGUUCGCCGAGUUCUUCGGUGGCCGCAGCCCUUUCGAUCAUUUCUUCCCCCAGAACGGGGAUGAUAUGGACAUCAACGACCCCUUCGGAGCGUUUGGCAUGGGGAGAAUGGGCGGCAUGGGUGGGUUUCACAGGUCCUUCAAAUCCCACCAGGGAGGCCAUCACAGAACACAGGAGAAAAAGAAGGACCCUGCCGUGGUGCACGAGCUGAAGGUGAGCCUCGAGGAGGUCUUCUCAGGCUGCACCAAAAAGAUGAAGAUUUCCCGCAAAAGGCUGAACCCGGACGGCUGCACCAUGCGGAACGAGGACAAGAUCUUAACAGUCGACAUUAAGCGCGGCUGGAAGGAGGGGACCAAAAUCACCUUUCCCAAGGAGGGAGAUGAAACUCCCGCCAACAUUCCUGCAGAUGUGGUGUUUGUAGUUAAAGAUAAACCCCACCCGGUGUUUAGAAGAGAGGGCUCAGAUAUAAUUUAUCCUGCAAAAAUAUCACUCAGAGAUGCACUGUGUGGAUGCACAGUCAGCGCCCCGACACUGGACGGCCGGACCAUCACUGUGACCUCCAGAGAUGUCGUCAAACCUGGAAUGAAAAAGCGAAUCGUUGGAGAAGGGCUCCCUCUCUCCAAGUGCCCUGAGAAGAGGGGGGACAUGAUCUUGGACUUCACAGUAAAAUUUCCUGAUAAACUGGGCCAAAGCACUCGAGAUGCACUCAAACAGGUCCUUCCACUGUGACAUGAAAUACUCAAAGUUUUAGGUCGACAUUUCCAGUGACGAUUGAGGCUCAGGGCAGAUUUGGUUCCAGCUGUGUUUAAUUUGACUGUCUGAACACCAAAUCCAGUAUCUCACCCAGUAUCUAGUCAGUUUGAUGAUUGUCUGAAGACUUGAAAACUGACAGAACAGCUGAUUUUAUAUGUUUCGGCCAAAAUACACUGCUGCUGAACGGCGCUCGCAAAACAGCCGCCCCUAUUAUUUUCUAUGUACAACCCCACACACCACGCUGGUCGACGCCAUGCCCUGUGACACUUUACACUACAGCCCUAUUUCCAGCCUCGCCGCCCCUACAGACCUUAUGUACUUGUUGCUUGCUUUUCGCUGUAGUUUUAACAAUUUCACUUGUGCCUGUAUCUACAAGGCAAAAAUCAAUAACUUUCCCUCUCUCCCUGCUUUUACAUCCCGGCUCCCGUGGCAGCUCGACCUCCUCACCUCUCGCUGUUGCUGUCUCUCUCUUGUGUGUGUAGAACAAUGGUGUGUGUGGUCGGCGCGCUCCAGUGUGGCGCUUCCUAUUGGUGCUAGAAGUGGCACUUCAUGCACGACACAUGUUUUGCACUUUAAGUAACAGCCUGCCACCAUGUCAGCUUCAAGGAGUAAAAGUAGAUAAUAGAAAGUAUAUAUAUAUAUAAUGAUGCAAGGUUGAAGUGACAGCUUUUGGAUUGGCUGCAGAGUGUUCUUGUUUAAAUGUUUGUCGAAUUGCACCACUUGAACAUGUAAUAUAGUAAGUGAGGAUUUGGUGUCACAGCAGCUGUUUUAAGGAGCGAUUUAAGGUAGCAUGCAGACAGCUAAUUAACAAUACCUCAGGUGCAGUGAUACAUGCUCGAACGUUACUAUAACUACAUUAUUCAACAGGACAUAGUUUGGGUUGUCGCUUUUACAAACACAAGUGGAUCCUGAGAAAUAGCAAUGUACUGCUCUGAUCCACCAACAUUGACUUUAUGAAGCUGGUCAGUUUCGAUCAACGUAAAAUACACUUUAAAUUAAAAAAAUUUUUUCUGUCAAUUCAAUGUUUCAUCUACAUAAUCACAGUGGGCCACAAUCUCUGGAUGGACUAAAACUAUAUAAUUAAAAUGUGCUCAAGUCUAAAAUUAGACUUACAUGUGACGUGUAUGGACGUCUACAAGAAGCAGGAAGAGAUGUAAUUCCAGGAAGUUCCCCGCAGUGAGGUAGCAUUAAACAAAUUUUAAAUUCAGUUAAGAGAGAAAUAUCUACAGAUAUCUGAGUAGAUGUAUCGAAAGAUAAAUAAAAUCCCAGGUGUUUUAAAAUGGUACAUUUAGCAAAAUGUUCACUUUUACGACAUCUUGUUUACCCGGAGCUUAUUACUUAUGUAAAAUUUUUGUGGGAAGACUUUUUGUGCCAAAUAAGAGUGUGUGUGUGUGUGUGUGUGUGUGUGUGUGUGACUGACAAACUACCAAAACCUUGAAGUUAUUGUUGUAUUGUAGUGCUUAUAUAAUCUAAAGCUAAUCUAAAGUUAUUUAUUCUAUUUUUUGCCCAACAUGGUAUAAACCUGCUGCAGUCCGCACCUUAAAGGCCUGCAGAAUAUGUUUGAUUUAUUAUUGUCUUAUAGCGCGUACCUGACAGGAUUCACUCCAAGAUGUACAAUAUCUGGAAAUACAUCUGGAAUGUAGUUCCACAGUCCAGUACGCGAAAAAAAUCCACUAGGAGCUAUGUCACAUUCAGCCCUGUGCACCUUUUGAUUGUAGUGAUGAAGGCAGUUAGUAAAUCAGUUGGUUCACUUUCACAUUUUAAGUAUUUUUGGUGUCUGUGUGACUGUUACCUGCUGGAGUUUCACAAACGUGGUUUAAUAUGUAUGUAGAGACAUGUAGUCUCUGUGAUGUGUAGCUUUUUUUGUUUAAAAAAAGGAUAUUUGCAUUUUCCCCUUGCAAGCAUUUUCCCUUCUUAAGGGAAAGACCAUUAUAUUUGUUUUUUCUUCUUUUUGAUGUUUUGAAAUUCCUCAGGUUGGGAUUCAAGAUAUUUUGAAUUGGUAAUGUGAGGGGACAUUUUAAUAGAACUUUCAUAUGCUGUGAUGAUUUGCAUUGACUGGCUAACAAAUGUGGUCUACAUGUUUUAGUUGUUACAUAAUUGUAAUUAAAGUCCUUUUCCCAAA